GGCCGGAGCCAGCGGGAGGGCCAGGCCCGGAGGCCCCGGCCCUGGCGUGCCCACCCCGGCCGCGGCUGAGGAGGAAGUGGAGGAUGAUUUCCAGAUACACCCGGAAGGCGGUGCCACAGAGCUCGGAGCUGAAAGGAAUAACAAAACAUGCCCUUAAUCAUCAUCCCCUUCCAGAGCAGCUGGAUGAAAUUUCCUCCACCAAUGACAGCCAUGAAAAAGACACAACUUCCCAAAGUGAGUCUGACAUCACACAAGAAUCACCUUUUACAUCAGCUGACACUGGGAAUUCAAGGUCUGCUUUUCCAAGUUAUACAGGCACAGGGAUCUCUACUGAAGGAAGCUCAGACUUCUCCUGGGGAUAUGGUGAACUUGAUCAAAAUGCCACUGAAAAAGUACAAGCAAUGUUCACAGCCAUUGACGAGCUCUUGUAUGAACAGAAGUUGAGUGUAUAUACUAAGGGUCUACAAGAAGAGUGCCAACAAUGGACACACAGCUUUCCUCACCUCAGGAUUCUAGGUAGGCAGAUAAUCACUCCGAGUGAAGGUUAUGAACUGUAUCCUAGGUCUCCUGCUGUUUUAGCUUCACAUGAGGCAAUACUGUCUCAAGAAAGAGAUUCUACUAUAUUUGGCAUAAGGGGAAAGAAGUUACAUUUUUCAUCUUAUGUUCAGAAAGAAUCUUCCACUGCCAAAUCCCCUAGCUUGUGUUCUCCUGAAAAUGGAGAGGAAGACUGUGUAAUCUUCUCCGAAGGAAUAAUAGAGGAAUACCUAGCAUUUGACUGCACAGAUACGGAAGAGGGGUUUCAUGGGAAGAAAUCAGAAGCAGCUACAGAGAAACAGAAAUUAGGGUACCCUCCCAUUGCUCCAUUUUACUGCAUGAAAGAGGAUGUCCUUGCUUAUGUAUUUGAUGACGUGUGGAGCAAGGUCCUGGGCUGUAUGGAGCAGUUGACACGUAAUCACUGGGAGGGAUUUGCUUCUGAUGACGAGAGUAAUGUUGCAAUCACAAGACCAGCCUCAGAAAGCCCCUGUGUGCUGAAUGAACUACAACCUUUGGUCCUACCUCGAGUGCCACAGUCUAAGGUGCUAUCCAUGACCUCAAAUCCAAUGAGUCUCUGUCAAGGAGCAAGUGGUCAUCAGCCAAAUGUGAAUGGUCUCUUGGUUCAUGGGAUGCCUCUACAGCCAAGAAAUCUCUCCCUAAUGGACAAGCUCCUAGAUCUUGAUGACAAGCUACUUUUGAGGCCUGGGUCCAGUACCAUCCUUUCAACUCGAAAUUGGUCAAAUCGAGCCCUGGAGCUUAGUACAUCAUCUCUGUCAUAUACAGUGCAGUCCGGCAGGAGACGAAAUCCCCCACCACGUACCCUUCAUCCCAUCAGCACAAGCCAUUCACGCGCUGGAACACCAAGACCUAUGGACGAAAUCCUCAGAGGAUCCCGAGUAAAACCCAUGGUGAUACCAAUCGAGCUCGAAGCGCAGCAGUGGAUGAGCCUAACCAUCAGCAGCCUCAGGAGAAGCUCCUCUUACCUGACUUUUUCUCCAGGCCCAACACAACUCAGUCAUUUUUGCCAGAUACACAGUAUCAUCGUUCACAUGCUGUUGAGUAUCCUUAUCAGGACCGACCUGGUAGGGGAUCUGCAGGGACAGGUCCUCAGUUACAUGGGUCUACAAAAUCUCAAAACAGAACUGGACCAGUCUCUAGAACCAGGUACGGACCACAAGGCAAAUGAGAAGACGCUGCUUCGCUACAGGCAAUGUCUGGGAAAAUUUCAUGUAUCAGUGUUCAGUCAUCUUGUGAUGUGGAGCUUGUAUAUAAGAGACAACUUGAAACCACCUUCAUGAAGAGUUAUUUUGGUACCACUAACUGAGGAGAAAAACCAGAAUAUCUGCCAAAGAUAUGGGUACUGUUUCUGAUUUUCAAUUACUGUCUUCUUUCAGCAUAAGUCAGCCUAUCCUACUAGACAGUAAAAUUUGUACCAAAAGAUGUAACAAAUGAGUAAUUACCCCCAAAUCACUGCUCAUGUUGUCUGUUAACAAUGAUCAGUUCAAUUACUGUAGGAUUCUAUGAGACUACACAUACAUACAAAAAAGCAGUAACUGACUUCUAUAACAUCAUCCCUGGCUUUGGAAUACUUCUAUGUGUAUUAAUUUCUGGAAAAUCAGUACUCAUUUUUAAGUCAUUUUGGGGAGGUAAUGCUGCCAAAAAUCUGAACUAUUCAUCAAAUAGAUGUCAUUCCUAAAACUUUCUCAUUAGAUGUUCAAUCUCAAAGACAGGGAAAGGGUAACUAAAGACAUAAAUGUUGAGCAUUGAUGCAGAGUAUAUAUAUAAUCAUAUUUUUUUUUCAGAUGGGACAGCUCAAGCUCACAAUGCCUGCUUAAUAUCAGGUUACACUUAUUCCUAAAGUAUUUUAUUGGUCAUUCCCAUCCCCCAUACCCCACCAUAGGAAAUUUACCUUGAGAAAUUUUGUCAUUAUAGCUCUAAGUCAGUCAAUUAAAAAAUAAGUUAGACUCUAUUAGUGACCAAGCAAGAUACAAGUACUCAGAAUUUGAGAAACCCUGGCAAUUAAUCCAUUUUUCUAAUUUUACCAUGGACCUUUCCUUGUGUGCACUCAUGAAUACAGCAAUGGUUUUAACUAUGACUUAAAUUUAUUUCAUUUAAAUUUCACUGAAUUUCAAUUUUGAUGAUCAUACUUAUUUUAAUCAUAUUGUUAAUCUUCAGAGUGGAUAAAUUUAAAUGAUCAUAAAUUAGGGUAAUUUUUUAAUUAUAUCAAAGUGUUCUAAUGCUAUUAAAAUAUU